CUGGAGAAAGAGGCUUUCGGAUGCCAGCCCGGUGGGAAUGGAGAGAAGGCGAGAGCGGCCGGUGCCGGCGAGCUUUGCGUCCCGGCUUGCCCAAGCUCCCGCGGAGUGACGCUUGGGGUCGUGGGGCUGUCCUCGGCUGUGAACCGAUAGGCAGCAGGGCGAGCCAGGCCUUCCAGAUGGAGCGUCGCUGCUUUCCGCUUGUGAAGGAGAAAGCAACGGAUGAGUCGCCCUGGGCGGGCCCACAGAAGAGAGCACCGGCUUCCUGGACUCAUUCACUUUAGGGACGCACACACGCUCUCAUCGGCUGUAGCUGCUGCGGUUGCACUGCCCGCUUGUGCCAGAGGAGGAGCUUUUCACCAACCACGGAACCCUCAGACUUUCCACUUGCUCCUCUCUGUCUGGCAUCUGUCUGCCCAGGGCCCGGCAAAAGGCAGCCGGCGGCAGCUGCAAGGGAUCCAGCUCAGCCAGGGGAGAAGGAGGGCAGGCUGGUAAUAAAGCAGAAGAGCCUUGCUGGGUUUUAAUUGCAGGCUCGUUGGUCAUCUAACCAGUUCCAUGGAAUUGCCCCGGGACCCAUCCCACACCAAGCAGUCCCUGGACGGCUGCCUCGCCAGAGCGAAGGCAGAGGACGGUGGGAGCCGAGAUGACCGCUUGCCUUCCGCGUGAAGCAGACUUCCCCCCAGUUCCAGCUCCUUGCCGUUUCUUCUCCUUCAGUUCCAGGUCCUACAGAGACACUUCCAAGCAAGCCAGGGAGCCUCACCGAGCCGGAGUUGGAAACAUCAUCCUGGUGAGUCACUGGGAGUGACUCCUGGAAAAGAUACAGGAGGAGGAACCACGGUCUGCCGAGAGGCCGUCAGCCGAGGAGCGAGAGCCUGCUGCUGCUGCAGCGGCACGAUGGGAAUAUGAUCUAAAGGGACCCUCCUCCUCCUCCUCCUCUCGGGUGCCUCCGGACGCAGAGCUGCUCGGAAAGGGACUCGCUCCCGUCGGUAGGAGGCUGCCGUCCCCAAUGUGCCUGCCCUCUCGGAGGAGAGAUGACGCCGGAAUGAACUCUGCCGAUGGAGCGUGGCCACGCUCUCCUUGGAAGCCGGAUCCAGGGCAGCAUGGCGGACAGAGGCCCUCCUCUCCGUCUCUGCGCGCUGUCCCCCUCGUGGCCACCGUCUUCGUCUGGCUGGUCACGGGCACUACCAUGUCCAGCCUCAACAAGUGGAUCUUCGCUGUCCACAAUUUCCGGUACCCCGUGCUGCUGUCGUCCCUGCACAUGCUGACCGGCGUGGUGGUGGGCAAACCCUUGGCCAGGCUCCGGGCCGGGGGGAGCGGGAACCCCACACUCGGCCCCGAGGCCAAGGCCCGGGUUUUCCUGCUCAGCUUGACUUUCUGUGCCAGUGUGGCUUUUGGGAACUUGGGCCUCAACUACGUGCAGCUGGACUUUGCCCAGAUGGUGUACACCACCACGCCACUCUUCACUCUGACCCUCUCCAAGGUGCUGCUGGGGAAGCACCACCACCCGCUGCAGUACGCCGCCAUGGGGCCCAUCUGCUUGGGGGCCUCCUUGAGCAUCAUUGGGGAGGUGCAGUUCGAUCAAGCCGGAUGCUGCUUCCUCUUUGCUGCUACUUUCCUCCGUGGGCUGAAGUCCAUCCAGCAGAGUACCCUGCUGCAGGAGGAGCGGAUGGACUCUCCGACUCUGCUGUGCCUGACCUCCUUGCCCAGCUUCUAUAUCCUCUUCACGGCGGCCCUCUUGCUGGAAGUCGGCCCCUCCUGGGACGGCACGCUGGCCUCCGGCAGCAGCCUCUGGCUCUGCAUCCUGCUGAGCUGCCUGGGCUCCGUGCUCUACAACCUGGCCAGCUUCUGCGUCAUCUCUCUGACGUCCGCCCUCACCAUCCACAUCCUCGGGAACUUCAACGUGGUGGGGAACCUCCUGCUCUCCCACGCGCUCUUCGGGAGCCGUCUGACCCUGCUGGGCUACGCGGGCAUCGCCCUCACCCUCCUGGGGGUCUUCAUGUACCACCACUGUGACCGCAUCGCCAGCUGCUGGCGUCCCUGGGGCAGGCGAGCCAAGCGAGACUGAACUGGGGCUCCCGUCAGGCCGGCUGGGACUGUGGCUGCUCAGCCCCGAGUGAAACGGGAGCCCGGCGGAGGCAGAAGCACUCUCCCGUGGGGCCUUGUGUUUAAAUAGGGCACUGGCUCCGCGCAGGUAGCGUCCCAGUUUCCACAAGGCCUUGUGCCAGGGCAGAGUCCCCACAGGUGACUUCGCUUCCCUCAGCCAGCGUCACAGUUAAAUCCCGCCUGAGCUCUGGGCAAGCCCACGUGUCUGUCCUCUGCCAAAUGCCAUAUUAGCUGCCCUUGCAGCCUGUGGGAGAGAAGGCGGUGCUGAUUAGCAGCCAGAAGAGUGUUGGGGGAGGGUUUAGCCUCCCCAGGUAAUUAACCCUCACGUUGCCCUACACUGUUCCACGGGGCAAGAGCAAGAGGGCUCUGGGCAAAUACCUCCUCUGCCUGCUGCAGCGGAAGAGCAGCGAGCUUAAAUUCUCCCCCGCUUUUUUUUUUAAAAAAGACUCUUUCUGCCUACGAAAAGCUCGCCUGCCAGGGAGGGUAGUCCAAGCCUAUCCUUCCUGGCGUGCCAGUUUUCUGGAUGCAGAGAGCCAUCC